AUGGGCACGCGAUUGCAGCCGCCGCCGCGACGCACGGACUUCUCUUCGUACCACCAUCACCACCCUCUCCUACAUCACGGUGUCAUGGAUGAAGGGGCAAACUCUGCACUCAUCGUCGAGACUCUGGUGUCCAUCAUCUCCCGGUCUGUCAUCCGGUCCGAGGACGGGACGACGCGAGUUGUGGCGGUCAAGUCAUCCUCGGUGAAGCCACGAUUCACCAAGGAGCCGCACGACAUCGCCAAGGAACUUCGUCUGCUUUCCAUGAUCUCGCAUCCUUGUAUCAUUGAGGUAUUGGGACACCAGCUCGACAAGACGACCUCAGCUCUGGCGUUCUGGAUGCCUUAUAUUUCACUCACCCUUGCCACGCUUCUACGCAACCCUCUCUUCUCUCCGCGCCCGCAUCAGUCGUUAGGAGAGGCAGCUCGUACAGCUGCUGCCGCAGCUUUCCAGCAUGUGGCCCGUUCCCUAGUGUUUCAGCUGCUAUCCGCGAUUGCAUAUCUGCACGAGCCGUCUCGAAAGACUGCACAUCGUGAUCUAAAGCCAACCAACGUGCUCAUAGACGCAACUGGAAAUCUGAAGCUCAUCGACUUUGGUAUCGCGUAUCGUGAGCUUGAGGAUGAAAGUCAGAGGGCACGUGACGUAUGGCCUGAGUCGAAGACGCAGAUGUACUUCGAGGUCGGCAGUGGACCAUACAGAGCGCCAGAACUAUUAUUCGGACCCCGGCAAUAUGACGCGAUCGCGACCGAUCUCUGGAGCGUCGGCGCUGUCAUUGCCGAGUUCUUCACUACUCUGCAUCGCCGCAGUGAGAGCGAGGACGACUUCGAUGACGUCGACGAGGACGAGCUAGAAGAUGACCCCACGAAGGCUUACAUCCUGGACCCGCCGAGGCCAUAUAGCCAACCGGAAUGGGAGCGAUACACUCUCUUCAACGGAUCCAGAGGCGAUAUCGGUCUCGCGUGGAGUAUCUUCAAGACGCGAGGGACGCCGACAAAAGAGACUUGGCCGACAUUCACAGAACUGCCGGACGCUACCAAGGUCAACUUCAUCGAGGCGCCGGUCAUUGAUCUGAAGACACUGUUACCCCAUGCACCCGAAGACUUGCCUGUAGCGCAAGAGAGUGCAGUCUCGCACUUCCCAGGCGCACAGCCCGCAGCACAGGCGUCCGAUCUUGUACAUCGAUUCCUCGUCUAUCCUCAAGCACAGCGUCUGUCCGCAGAGAAGGCGCUGAAGCAUCCGUGGCUUGUUGCUUCACCCUUGCUGCUGCCUCCCGGCUUACAUGACAUGUCCGGUGUCAACACAGCACACGAGGUCGACGGGAUGAAGCUGGCAGGCCACUUGCAGGUGUUUCUGGGCACAAGGAUAUGA